AUGCAGUGCCUGUGGUGUGGGCCUCUGCGCUGGACCAAGAAAUUCAGACUGGAUGGUGUAGGCAACCCUGCCGUCACUCAAGAGAACCUGGCCCGGAGCCCAGGAGCGACCCCAGGAGGAGUGGGAGUGGGGGCGGGGGCGGGGGCGGGGGAAGGCCGCCGGGCGCGCUUCUGCCUCGGGCGCUGGCCCUUUAAGGUCGGCGUCCCGGGAACAAAGGCCCGGCCUGAGAACCGGCCUGAGUCACUUCAGUUCCUCCGCCCGCGCCCUCCCCACCCGGCCCCUUCCCACCCGGGACUACCGGCGGUUCCGCGGGGUCCGCCCCUUGGGCCCGGGGGUCUGCGAAGCGCGCGGGCGCGGUGGGCGCGGGCCUCCCCAGACCCCUGUCGUCGUCUGACUCCUGCGGGCGUGGGCCGGGGGCUGGCGGCCGGGACCCCCGGCUCUGGGCCUCCCAGUUUGGGCCUCAGUUUCCACAUCCACAAACCGGGGAGAUCCCUUUCUGGAGGCCGAGUGAGCGGGCUCCUCCCCAAAGCAAAGAGAACUCCGAGCCUCGUACUCUUCCCGUCUGAAGUCCGUGGGAACACCAGCUCCAACAGAUCAUUCUGCCCUUUCUUGGAAACAAGAUUCCAGGGAUGUUCUUCCAAAGGGAACCUUAGAUUUUGUGGUGGAACCUGUGUCCAGAUAGGAAGCCUACACACGGGUCCCGGAGUCUCCAAGGAGGUGACUGCAGGCGGAGGCUUGCAGGGUGUCCCUGCCCGCCCAUGGUGUCGGCGUGUUCUCUGUCCCCUGCUCGCACCCUGGGAUGUUCUGAUUUCCUCACCCCAGCUCUCUGUUGAGCCGCAGAAGUUGGGCAACUGCCCUGGGUCCUCGGAACUGGCUUCUGCUUCACAAGUUGAUCUGAAGCUACUGCUGUCCAGAGGCCUCAGUCCCUACCGAGCCUGGCUGUCCCUGACGGUGGCUUCUCCUCUGGGUGCCGCGGGUCAAAGACCCCCACGUGGAGGCAGCGCCGUGCUCUGGGCAAGAGUGCAGGCUCCGGGUCACCCUUUCUGAGUGUAAACCUGGCUCUGCCGUGGGCUAGUGGCCUUGACCUUUACCCCCUGUAAAACGAGGUCCCAAAGAUUCCUCUCUUACAGAGAUGUUGGGAGGUUUAAAUGAGAUAAUUUUAAAGUGUUUAGCCUUGAGUAA